AUGAAAGACAAAAACCAAACACAAAAUGAUAGGAAUUUUUAAAUAAAUGGAAAGCAAAUAGUAUUUAAAUUAUAUAAAAUAUAUAAAUAAUUUAAUGAAAAUAAAGAAAAACAAAUAAUAUCAAAGAGUAAACGUACAAUGUGGACAAAAGGAGGUACAGAAUUCAUGAAUGGAGUUAUUUUAAAAAUCCAACAAUCAUAUGGUUGCUAAUAAAACUUAUUUAAGAAAAAUUUAUAUAUUAUAAAUAAUAAUAUAUUAAUAUAUACAUGCGGGAAGCAUAUAAUAUAAUACCAUAUGCAAUAAUAAAAGCAGACUAUUAUAAUUAAAAGUAUUGAAGAUGAACAAGUAGUAGCUAUGAAUUACUAUUAUAAUAUCUAAAGAGAAAAAUUAAAAAUUGCAUGUGGUUUAUAAAGUACUUAAGAUAAAUAUUCUUAAAUAAAAAUUUAUAAGCAAAAACAAUAAAAAAAUGAAUGUAAAAUAUUAUUACAUUCCCAUAUAGAACUAAAUUAAAUUAUACAAGAUAUAAGUUUUAUUUUGAAAGGAAAAUAUUUAGUUUCAACAACUAAAUCAUAAUAAAAAGAUAAUAUUUGUUAUGUAAAUAUUUGGAAUUUAAAAACUCAAACAUGUCUAAGUUUUCAAAAACUUUAAGAAAAUUUGAAUUUCAUUGUUUGUCCGAAUUAAAAAUAUAAUGAAUUUUUACUUAUAAAUAAUAAAUUAAUUUAAUUUUGGUAAUACUAAUUUGAAGAAUAAACUUUAACUAAUUCAGAUUUUGAGCCUAUUUUUUUAGAAGAAAACGAAUAUAUAAUAGAAGUUGAAUAUUUAGUGGACUCCUCAUAUUUAGCAGUUAUAACAACUAGAAACACUUUAUAUAUAUUCCAAAAUAAUAAUUAUAUUUAAAAAAUAGAUUUAUAAUAAUAAGAAGAUAUAUAAUGCAAAUGUAUUUGUGUAAAGAUGUAUAAAUUCAAUUAAGAUACUUAUUAAUUGAUUUUUCAUUAAUAAAUUAAUUUUGAAAAAAAAGACUAAAAUGAUUUCCAUAUGUUAGCAAUUUAAUAAAUUCAUUGUAAUUUUCUUGAAAAUUAAAUUGCAUUUAGUUAUUUAUAUAAAGAAAAAAAUAUUCAUUCUUAAAAUGAUAUUUAAUUUAUUUUAAAUUAACCAAAUGAAUAAAAUAGAUUUAAUAUAAAAAUCGGUUUUGGAGUUUGUGAUCUAAAUUUAAUUAAUGAUAAUUAAUUUUAUUUAAAGGAAAACGCUAUUCAUUAUGUUUUUCCUUUGGGAACUUUUAAAGGAAGAAUAUUAGAUUUGGCUGUUUGCCCAACUAAAAAUGCUGUUUUUGGGAUUUGUGAAGAUAAACAAAUUAAAAUUUGGAGUUUUUAAAAAUAUUUAAAUAGUUUUGUUUGCACUUUUUCACAUUUUUUUAGUUAAUAACCUUAUUCUAUUUCAACAGAUCCUUUUUAUAUAUAAUUAGCAGUUUCUUUUAAAGAAGAAAUUCGAAUUUUCAUAAUAUUAGAAAAUGAAUUUAGACAUAUUAUUUCAUAUCCUUUAAAAUAAUGUUAUUGUGUAAGGUAUAGUAAUGGAGGAAAUUAUUUAGCCGCAUCUAAUUAAGCAAAUAUUAAUAUUUAUAAUCCAUAUAAUUUCUAACUUCUUUUCACAUUACAUGGAAAUUAUGGUCAGAUUAAAAGAAUAGAAUGGUUACAAAAUGAUACAAUAUUAUAAACUACAUGCGUUUUGAAUUCUUUAAAAUUAUGGAAUAUAUUAAAUCAAUAAAAAAUAAUUGAUUAUUAUGAAAAAUCAGGAUCAAAAUAUACAGCAUUAAAUUAUGAUUAAUAUUAUGACUUAUUAAUAAAAUGUACAAAAGACAAAAAAGUAAAAUUAUGUAAAGAUAGAGGAUUAACCCAAAUAUAUGAAUUGGAAAUAUAGCCUUUAAACUUUAUUUAUUGUAAUAUUUUAAGAAGCUUAAAUGUAAUAGUAUUUGGAACCACAUAAGGCAGUAUAAGAAUUUAUUUAUGGCCUUUUGAUAUAAAUUUAAAAGCUUAAGAAUUUUUAGAAAUAGCUGUCCAUUAAGAAGAAGUAACUAGUAUAGAAAUAUGCAGAAAUUACGAAUUUUUAUUUAGUGGAAGUAAGGAUGGCUCUUUGUAUUUUUUGAAAAUGAAGUAGUAUAUGUACGGCUAAGAAAUAAAUAUUAUGAAAGAAAAGAGAAUAAAAAGAAUCUAAAAAUUAAAUAAUUAAUUUUAAAAUAAUAUAGAAAAUAAUUCUUUUGUGUCUUUAAAAAGAGAAGAAAGUCAAGACAAAAAAAACUAAGAAAAUGUGCUUUUCGAAGAAUCUAAUGAUGAAUUUGAUUUAUUUCUUUUAAAUUAAUUAUGUCUUUAGAGCGAGUAAAUUGUUAUUUAAGCAAAAGAUAAAGUCAAAGAACUCUAUUUUAAAUUAAAUAGUAAUUUAAAUGAUAUCGAAGAUGAAAAAGGAAAAAGAGAGAAAGCUACUGAAAUCGAAAUGGAAAAAAUUUAAAAAGAAUAUUAAAAAAUGAAAUAAUAAUAAGAAGAAAAAUUAGAAAAUUUAAAGCUUUUCUGGGAUUAAAAAAUUUAAAAAAUUAAAAAUAAAAUUGCAGAAUAAUAGAAAUUUUUUGAAUAAUAAUCGGAAGAAUAAGAAGAAUAUUACAGCUCUAUAUUAAUUUAAUAUUAUUAAGAAGAUAAUCGAAUAUCAGAUAUUAUUAAAUAAGAAUAAGAAAAAAGUUAAAUUUAAAUAGAAGAUAAAGAAAAAAGUUAUUUGAUAUUAUAAAAUAAAUAAAAAGAAAAAUAUUAAGAAAAAAUUAACUAAUAAGAAAAUGAAUAUUCUAAUUUACUAGUGAAUAUUAAAAUGAGCUAAAAAUAAUUUGAAGAAGUCUAAAGAUAAGAAAAAUAAGAGUUUUAAGAAUAUUUAUAGUUGCUAAAUAAAAAAUUAAAAACCUAAAAAGAAAUGGAAAUUAAAAAAAAUGAAAAUUUAAGGAAAUAAAAUACUCAAAAAUAAAAGGCUAUUGAAUAAUUCUAAACUUAAUAGUAAAUGUAUGAAAUUUAAAUUAAAGAUCUUCUUUUGGAUAUUUAAAAAUAAGAAAAAAACUAUAUUUAAUAUUAAUAAAGAUAUUAAAAUAUUACAGUUAAUUAUUUAUUUAUUUUUUAAAAAAUUAAAUUAAUAUUAUAAUAAAGUCUUAACUAAAAGAAAAAGAAAAUAUAAUUAAUUUAUAAGAAGAAGAUAUUCUGA